UCAUAUUUUCCCCACGUCAGCCAUGCCGAAAUAUAAUUUUUCUUUCCCCAAUAAUUCAUCAGCCCUAAGAAUUGAAUCCCCUCUCUCUGCAGCCCCCGUCUCCGCUUGUCGUCGCUCCCGCUAGCCCUGCCACCGCCGCCCAGUUGUUUUGGUGUGAUGAGCAAGAACUCUGAUCGGCACGUUCCUGAUUCAGUGCUGGAUGAGAAUAACGAUGAGAUCAAGUGGGAGGUGAAGCCCGACAGCAUGCUCAUCCAGAAGCAAGAGGAUGAUGUUGGCAAUGACAGCUCUGCCACUACUCAAGGGCCAAUGAUCAAACUCAUAGUCUCCUACCUCCACGGCCCUACCCGUCAUGAGGUCCAUGUCCCUGCCCAAUCUACUUUUGGGGAUAUAAAGAAUGCUCUAGCACAGAAAACUGGUUUGGAGCCUAAAGACCAAAGACUUAUGUUCAGAGGAAAAGAGAAAGAGGACGAGGAGCACCUGCACAUGGCAGGUGUAAAGGAUAGGUCAAAGAUUUUGCUUUUGGAGGACACUGCAAGCAAAGUGAGGAAGCUUGAGGAGAUGAGAAAAAGUGAUCAGAUAGCAAAAGCAUCUGAAGCAGUUGCAGAAGUCAGAGCAGAGGUUGAUAAGAUCUCAGAAAGGGUGGCUGCCUUGGAGGUGGCUGUGGAUGGUGGGACCAAAGUUGAAGAGAAGGAAUUUUUAGUCUCAAUAGAGUUGCUCAUGAAACAGUUACUGAAGUUGGAUAGCAUCGAGGCUGAAGGAGAAGCGAAACUGCAGCGGAAGGCUGAGAUGUUCUUGUUGUCUAUAUUUCGUUCACAACAAUGAAGACCAAAGAGAGACCUGCACCAAUCUAAUGUUUUGGUGUAUUCCAUGUAAUUGUAAAUUGGGCUGCCAGGAAUUAUAUUACUUCCAAUCUUCAUCCCCCUCUCUAUAUCUCUCACUUCAUGCGCUUAAGCUAAACUAUAUGCAUGCCUAUUAUAUGUGUGCUACUUGUAAAGCAUAUACUUUAUUUGCAUUUUUUACUUUCGCCAUUUUGCAUCAUAACGGUCUCCCAGGAAACUAGAUGAGACAUUUGUAGUUAUGUCUUCAUGUUCUGGUGUGGUUACUGUCCAUGUCUUAUUUCAACUUUUCAUAACUAUGAUAGAUCUCUCAAUUUUGCACUAGGAGUUUCCUUGGAUUAUGACAUUCUUCUUGUGGGUGGGGUUGUGUAUACAGGGUUUUAUUGCCCAAGGGUGGGUCCACAGGGCCCUGCUUUGGUGAGGUUCCACACCAUUAAAAUAAAACAGCUUACUUGAUUAUCAUGUUA